UUCUGCGAGGUCACACGUCAAUCGCGAAUUUCAUUGCCGUUCUACGAAACUUCAGAGUUGCAGGCGGGAAUUAAAUUAUUCAAUUAUAUUUUUAUUGAAAUAAUUAUUUAUUAAUUUUUUCGAGCGAAUACAGAAUUUCACUAAUUUAACGUUAGAUUAACGUGAUUUAUUUAUAUUGACAGUUUGGUUUUAGUUUUUUGAAUAAUGAAGUGAAAGUGACUGGAAAGGACAAUAAAACAAACGUACCUAUAGUGUGUGUAGUGCGUAGUGCGUAGUGCGUUGGUGCGUGUGCGAUAGUGCGUAGUGCGUUGGUGCGUUAGUGCGAUAGUGUCGGCAUGUCGAGUGCGCGGCGCGGCGUGGCCUACACCAUCGACAGCAUACUGGGACAUCGGCAUGUCUCUAAUGACAACGUGGAGUUGAAAAGCGAGAGCGUGCACUCAGACUCGGAACAUGAGGUGGAGCCAGAUACCGAGCCGAGCGCCGAGCCGGACGCCGAGCCGAGCGCCGAGCUGCCCGACCACCUGGAUGCCAGCAGACCGCGCAAGCAGGUGCGCCGCAGCCGGACCACAUUCACCACGUACCAGCUGCACGAGCUGGAGCGCGCGUUCGACAAGACGCAGUAUCCCGACGUGUUCACGCGCGAGGAGCUCGCCCUGCGCCUCGACCUCAGCGAGGCGCGCGUGCAGGUUUGGUUCCAGAACAGACGAGCGAAGUGGCGCAAGCGGGAGAAGGCGCUGGGCCGGGAGCACGCGCCCUUCCUGCAUCACGAACACGGUGUGGGCGAGUGGGGCGUGGCGCCGGUGAGCUCGGGCAGCGAGUGGUGGGCGCUGGGGCUCGGCGCGCUGGCACCCGCGCCCUGGCACGAGCCCGCCUUCACCGCGCUGCUGCAUCGGUACGUGCUGCGGCUGCCGGCGGCGCCGCUGUCCCCCGCGCGGUCCCCGUCGCCGGCGCGCUCGCCGCUGCCGCUGGCCCCGCACGCCGCGCACGCCGCGCACACCGCGCCCGCGCCCGCACCGCCCGCACCGCAUAGCGCGCCGGACGCGCUGCGCCUGCUGCACGAGCGGUACAGCCGCGUGCACACGUAACCCGCUUGACACGUCUCACUUCCCAGUUCACUAAUGUCCGACAUCAUCAGUUAUUUCUUUCUAUACUUAUGGAUAAAGUUAGUCAAGAAAUUAAAACGCACAUUUGUAUGUAUCUCAUAUAGUAUUUCCUAUAUAUUCAUCUGAUCGAAUAGUUCUGUCGUUGCUUUUUAAGGUAACUACGAUCUAAACUUAGGUAGGUACUUUAUUUUGUGGACUAUUAUAAUUUUCAUAAAUUUUUCAUGAUUUUUAAAGUAUUUUAUACACGGUUUAUACGAUGCAUUUUUAAUUCAUGACUUUAUUAGAUUGUACACUGCAUUUCACUACAAAACUGAUAUUUGGUGCAUACAAUGUGCUAACAGUUACUAUUUAACUUUCACACCUUCCAUUAAAUUAUCGUUCAUUCAUGUUUACGAUAUGUGUUUAAGCGUUUAAACUUUUGAACCAAUCUGUUAUGUCACAAACAAUGUGGAAAUAGAAUUAUAUAAUCUACGAGUAUAAAUUUAUCUACUGUCAUUAAUUUUUUAACAUUUAGUAAUAAUCUAAAUUAUAUAUGUAUUACCAAUAUAAAACUUAUUGUGUAAAUAUAAAAUAAUAGGUAACAUUUUGUUUAUUUCCCUAAAGUUACGUGUGCCUUAUAUAAGUAUACCUAUACAAUUAUACAUGUCCUAAUUCUGAUCUCAUUAUCGAUACAUGCAGCAUGUCUGUUGACUCGAAUAAGACAACUAUAAUAUUUUCUUUCUAUAAUUGCGCUAGUAUUUCUU